AUGAAGAAGGCGGUCGAUCCCGAAGCUGAACUAGAACAACAAUACAAAGAGUACAAGACGCAGUUUGAGGAAUGGAAGGAAAAAAACAUAAGUUCGAUCGGAUCAGAAGCUUAUAAUAAUUAUGUAUCUCAAUUCGAAAGUUGGGAACGGGAUGUUGAAAAAAGGAGGAAAUUUCUUCGUGAUAAGUCAGAAAGAGAAGCUAUAGACGCUCGGGUAAAAGCAGAAGAAGAGGAAGAAGAGAGAAGAGCUCAGAAAGAAAAAGAAGCUGAGGCAGCUGAAGCUUACCGGCUCUCCCAACAGCAGUAUUUAGCUCAUCAUCAAGCAGCUAUAGAAUCGGAACAACGCCAAGUUCCUUCUAUGUAUCAGAUUCAGCCUCCUGUACAAAACUAUUUCGUCAGUGCUCAGCAAGUGACAGAAAUCAAACAAGAAACGUUAAGGGAUGUAACUACCAUAAGUGCUGCAGCAGCACCUCAAGCUCAACUCCCUCAUUUAGGCUUCCCCAUUAAUGACCUAUGGGGAAAUAAUAAAAUAACAUUCGAUUCCAAAGAUGCUGCUUACCAACGAUGGGGUCUCAGAGCUGCACCACCUCAUAUUAAGCCAGUUCUUAGCCCUGCGAUGCCGAUACCAUGCUGGAUGUUGCUUGAACACUUGAAGGAUAAUAAAAAAGUUUUAGCUCCACACCCAUCUCUACCUCCUCCGCCGUUAUUCACUGCCCCUCCUCCUAUUUUCAGUGCUCCUCCACCCACUGGACCUCAAUCUGCAUUAGUACCUCCAGGAAUACCUCCCCCUAUCCCACCACCAAAUCUUUCAGUGCCCCCGCCAAUGAUUCCUCCAACAGUUUUAGGGAAUUAA